AUGUCAGAAAGAGUGCUCAGAUUAGGUAUUACGCAUCUGGAGUUAAAAUUCAAGAGUAUGGGAAACAGCGGUUCAACUAUAGAUAUGAACAGUCCCGAGGGACAGUUUAUAACCUCAGAGAUCCAGAGUAACUGUGUAGUGAUAUUUUCCAAGACAUCCUGUUCAUACUGUCGUGCUACGAAAAAUUUAUGUCAGAAAAUUGGAGUAAAUGCCAGAGUUAUAGAACUUGAUCGUAGACAAGAUGGUAGUGAUGUACAGAAUCUCCUAGGAGCCAUCACUGGUGCCUCUACAGUUCCUCGGGUAUUUAUAAAUGGGAAAUGUGUUGGUGGUAACUCAGAGUUUCAGAAACUUAACAAGAGUGGAAAGUUGGCUGAACUUCUAGCAGAAUGUGGAAAUACGUAG